GUGGGCCGCCAGAGGUUUGGACCCCUUCCCAGGGACAGGCGUUUCGCCCUGAGACUUCUUCUCACGGUCCCAGUGCCCGGCGAGGGCCCCUGGAGGCCGAAGAUAUGAAAAUUGCCCGUCGCGUUUUUGCUCACGCCGCGAGGGUGUCUAUGUUCCUUGUUCCUACCAUGCAGGAUGAAAAGCCCCCGCCACCCCCGUGCCCGAUGCUCGUCCGCUUCCCCGACGACGGCGCAGUUGACGCGAAGGACGCCCCCGCCCCCGCCGCCCGCUGCGUGCAGCUGGCCUGGCACGACCGGGCGCAGGCGUACAAGCUGCAGAGCCGGCUGUACCUCGGCGGCGGCGAGGAGGACGGCGCCGAGAACCCGUGGGCGGACGUCGAGCACGUGGAGCCCCGCCCCGCGCACGGCCGCGCCGACGUGCACCUGGCCACCGGCCUCCACCACGCCCGCGCCGAGUUCCGGCUCGCGUUCAGGCAGCCCGGCGUCGGCAUGACCAACUGGUGCUCCGCGCCCACCGACCCGGUGGCCACCGUGGUGGACCCGCCCACGAGGCCCGCGGCGGAGGUGGCCGUGCGCGGCGACUACUGCAGCCUGGCCGUGCGGCUGCGGUUCACCUCGACGGACGACGGCACCGCCCUCGCGGCGAAGCGGGAGGCGGAGGCCGCGGGCGCCGGGCCCUGGGCGGCCUACCCGGCGCUCGGCCUGUGCCGCGCCCAGGUGCGGUGGCGGGUGCUGCGCCGGGCGGCCUCCGACCAGGAGCCCACCGGCGCCGCAAGUGCCAUGCGCGGACCCUUGCCGCCGGCCGCCAGCGCAGGCCACAAGGAGACCGGCCCCGUCGUGGAGCUCGGGCGAUCCACGUGCCCGUUCGACCCCGCGUCGGGCAGCUGGGCGGUGCUGCUCGAGGGCGUGCCGCACGGCCUGGUGGUGUGCGCCGAGGUCCGCGUUGGCACCGCCUUGCGUUGGUCCGCCUGGUCCGAGGAGUCCGAGGAGCUCGAGACGACAGUGCCGCCCCCACUGCCCAUGGGCCCAGUGGAGGUGGUGUCCUGCACCGACUCGUCCGCCAAGGUCCGCUGGCAGCCGUUCCAGCUGGCGGGCAGCUUGUCCCUGUGCGAGUACCGCGUGACCAUCUGCCACCUGGAUGAUGGGCCGCAGACCGUCGACCCCGACUGGCGCGGGCCGGGCGCGCAGAUCGGGGGCAUCUUCACGGCCGCCUCUGGCCCCGGCCAUGUGGAGUACGAGGCGCGCAUGCUGAUGGCGGACAUGUUCUACGCCGUCCGCGUGGACGCCCGGUACCCCUUCGUGGGCGAGCGGGGCUGGGCGGAGACGCCCUCUGUCACCGAGGCGCCCAUCCACACGGUGCUUGGCGACCGGCCGCCCCCGCUGGCGCCUGUGCCCAUUGCGACGGACGAGGUGGAGGCGAUUCUGCUGGCCGGCCAGGGCCGCGGCGGCGCGCCGGCGACAGCCCCCUUCCCAGACAGCGCGGCGUGGCUGGCGUUGCUGGUCGACAGCGCGGCGGCGGCGGAGUACCGCGUCGAGUGGGCCCCGACCGCGCUGCGGGCGCCGCCAGGCGAAGUGGAGGGCGAGGAGCAGGACGGCCAGAGCGGCGGAGCAGGCGGCGGGCGGAGCGCGGAGCAGGGCCGCGAGCGAGUGCCUUUCCGCCCCGUGGCGCAGCAGCGGGUGAUCGGCACCAUGUCCCCUGCCGGGCGUGGCUGGACGGCCCUAGCGGUGCUGCUGCACCCCGACGAGGAGCCGCUCACCGACGGGCCAGUGGUGUGCCGCCUCCGGCACAAGGCCGCCUCCACGGUCGCCCCGCACAUGGGCACGGGUUCCACCUCCGCGCCAGUCGCGGCGCAGCUGGCCGCCCCCGCGCAUUGUCUGGCCCAGGUCAGGUACUGCCCGCGCCGCCGCUCGCACGGGAUGAUGGUGCGCCUCUUCCUGGGCUCCGCCCUGGCCGAGGGCGGCGCACAGGGGGGCGGCGUGAGUCUGGACGCCCUCAGCGUCGCGGCGGAGAUCAGGAAGGCGGCGGGCGCCGCGCCAGAGAGCGGGGGCACCUCGCGCCAUCUCGCUGGCCACGCGUUCGUCGGCAGGGCCCAGGUGCGCGUGAGGCCGCAGACUUCGGGCUGGGACGCGGGCGAGGCCGAGCCCUCCCUCGGGUGGGUGCUGCUGCCGCCGCGCGCGCUGCCGCCCGCGUGCCCCAGCGCCACCAGGCCAGGCCCCGCGCCGCCCGCGGGCGAGGGCGCGCUCUCCGCCGCCGCAGCGCUUGCGCUGGACGCGGGCGACCGGCACGAGUUAUGGCUGUGGCCCGAGGACGGCCUGGCGGCCGGCACCACGUACGAGGUGCAGGUGCGCGUGGGCACCUCCUCGCGGUGGUCGCCGUGGGCGGAUGCCGCCUGUCCAGCGGUCACGUUCGCCACCUCCGCGCCAAUGAUGGUCGCCACGCCCACCGCCCAUUUUCUUUGCGAGACCCUUGGCCCCACUCUGGCCUCCCUGCGGUUCCCGCCGUUCCAGCUUGCCGCGGGGGCAACCAGCGCCGAGGUCACAGUGACGGCCACGCCGAGGUUCCAUGCCCAGGAGCAAGAGGAAGCGACGGGUCUUGCCAUCGAGAGCGCGCCGGCGGCAGCCGGCGAGGCCGCCGUCCCCGUCGUCACGGUAGUCAACACCGAACAGCGGGCAUUCCCCUUCGACGAGGAGCUGAUCGAGCGAAUCGCCACUCCCGAGUUGUUCGAGGAGAUCGCGGGCCUGACACCCGCGCAGGCGUCGCAGAAGGUGGACAAGCGGCUGAAGCAGGAGAGGGACCACGAGCUCGGCCUGCUCUUCGAGGGGUACGAGGGCAGCCCGAUCAGGCUGGACGUGCCUGGCCUGCUGCCUGCCACAAGCUACGAGUUCUCGGUGGUGGCGCGGUACCCCGAGUCCGCAGGCGUUGCCCCGCCCAGCGAACCGCUCGUGGAGGUCGCUCAGACUCCGUGUGGUCUCGGCCCGCCCUUGGCGCCCAUCGUGCUGGAGGUGCCUCUGGCGGGUGCUGGCGCGGUCGGCCCCUGGAGCAGGACGGCCCUGCUCGAGAUCGAGGACAGGCCCGGCUACUGCCUGCAGCGCGUCGACGUCCCGAGCAGCUGCUGGUACGAGGGGCGGAAGAGGGCGGGCGCGAGCGGCGGCGAGGACUCUCACGGCUGGUGGUCCGACGCGCUGAUUCAGGAGCGGUCCGUCGUCCUCGCGGGCGAGUGGGCGGCAGUGCCCACCAGGCCGCUCCUGGACCGACCGGGCAGCGCGGGCAGGGUUUGCGUCGUGGCCGAAUUGCCUGGCUUCGACCGCGGCGACCAGGGCGGGCAGUCGAACCAGGAGCUCCCGGACGUGGUCUGCUUCCGGCUGGGGACGGCGGAUCGCGGGUCGUGCCACCCGUGCCGCUGGAUCGGCGUCCCUUCGGAGCCCGUCGCCACGUGCAUCGCGCCCGUGGCGGCCGAGCCCGCACCCCGCCCCGCGCUGCAGGACAGGGCCUGGCGCGUGGACGUCUUCUUCCUCGCGCACACCGCGUCCCGCCCUCCCGGCGACGUCACGGUGGAGCAGUCGCGGGCGCAGCUCGCCGCUUGGUGGAGCACCGGCUUCUCCGAGUUGCCGCCCGAGCCCCCGAGCGGCGAGGCGCUGACGGCCAUGCCGGACGACGAGCCCGACGACGAGCCGCCGCGAGAGGAGGCGGCGUUCGUUCCCGCGGGCUACGGGCACCGCGCCGUGCGGUGGGCGCAGGCCCGCGUCCGGGAGCGGGGUGCUGGGAGGGGCGCCUGGCAGGAGUUGGAGCAGGUAGCCAUCGCCGACUGCCGCGCAAGCUCCGAUGCGGGGUCGAAGGCCUCCAGCCUUGGAGACCUCCACGCUCUCCAGCUCAGCGGUGCCGACCCGACGCUGGGGGAGGGCAAGGUGUACCAGGUCCAGGUGCGCAUCGGCGACGGCUUCCGCUGGUCGGACUGGUCCUCCUCCUCGCGCCCCUUCCGGCACGAGGCGCCCCCGCCAGAGCGGCCCGGGGGACAGCUGGAGGUCGCCACCCUGUCGGCGAGCGCGGCGCGCCUGCGCUGGCCCGCCUUCGCAGUGCCAAAGGGCAUCACGGAGGUCGAGUACCGGCUGCUGGCCAUUCCCGUAGCCGCCGCCGUCGGUGCCCAGGGCGCCCACGCGGUGGAGACGCUGCAGACUCUGCCCGCGGGGGCCCGCGGUGAGCCGCUCGAGGCGCAGCUCCUGGGGUUGCUGCCCAGCACGGCCUACGUCCUCUCCGUCUCGGCGCGCUACCCGUGCGUAGGCUAUCGCUCGUGGUGCGACCCGCUGACGUGUGGCCCGCUCGCCCUGGACGACGCGCAGGCGGAUUGGCCAGCGCCCCCGCCGCCGGCGAUGUUCCCAGGCGGCGGCCCCAGUCCGCUGGCACUGGCGCCGGAGGGGGUGCCCUUCUUCUGCGGCGGCGAGCGGGCCUUGCUGGUGGGCUUCCCAGACACGGCGCGGGCACCCGACGGCAUCCGAUACGCUCUCGAGUACAGGCACGUGGGCCUGGCGGCGGAGGAGGACCGGACGGCGCCCUCUGGCGGCGAGGGGCCCUCCUCCUGGAUGAGGCCGCUGGAGGUGCUCCCGGCAGACGUCUCCGACCGCCACUGCGAGGAGGCGCUGGGCGCGGCCGUCGCGCCGUGGAAGGUGCCCCCCGCGCUCUGGCGCGUGCGCCUGCCCGGGCUGCGCCGGGGCGGCGCCGGCGGGUCAGCCGCGGAGGAGGAGGAGGCCCUCUGGCACGCCCACGCCCAGAGGGUGCAGUUCCGCCUCGCCGCCGAGGCGCGCGGCGAGUGCCCCGUCACCCGCUGGUUCUCGGGCGCCUCGGCGCCCGCCUGCGCGGCGAUGGCCCCGCCGCUGGCGCCGCGGAGCGCCCUGCUGGUGGCGGAGCGCGAGCUGGGCGUCGCGGCGAGCUUCUGCCUCUGCCUGCGGCUGGCGCCUGGCCGCCUGCCCAGCGCUGGCCCGCCCACCCUCGGGGGCGCUGCCGAGGCGGGCGGGGCCCCGCCCGCCCUCGGCGGCGCGGCCGUGGCUGGGGCGGCCUGCGAGGACGCCGAGGCUCACGGCUGGCUGCCCGAGGGCUUCGGGCACGCCUUCGCCACGAGGUUCCAACUGCGCUCCAGGCACAGCCCCCGGCCGCCGGGGCCGCCGUCGGCGGACGGCAGGCGGCCGAUGGGACUGCCCUGGUCCGCCUGGGCGUGCAGCCCGGACGCCCCGCUCGCGGCGGCCCAGGGGGAGGACGCCCCCGCGGAGGGCGAGCACUGGGUGCGGCACUCCUCGCGACUGCCCCUGCCGCCAGGGGAGCUGCUCGACUACGGGUCAUGGUACCAGGUGUCGGUGCGCGUCUCCGACGGGCUGGCCUGGUCCGACUGGUCCGUGUCCUCUGCGCCCGUAAAGGUCUACGUCGCGCCUCCGAAGCCGGAGCAACCGGACACUGACAAGCUUUCCGUGGAGAAGGUGGGCGGCGGCACGGUGCGCCUGCGCUGGCCGCCGCUGCGCGGCUGUGGCGGCCUGAAGGCCAUCGAGUACGGCCUGUUUAAGAGCGAGGCCUUGAAGGACGGGUCGGCCAUGGGUGAGCGCCGGCUCGCGGCGCUCUUCCGGGGCCACACGCCCACAGGAGGGCAGGGCGGGGCCGACGUGACCUCGCACGUGCUGACCGACCUCCGGCAGGACACCACCUACGUCUUCACCCUGGCGGCCCGGUACACCCACGUGGGCCCGCGCGAGUUCGAGGACGUCUUCAGCAGCCCCCGCACCUCGCUGCGCGCCGCCACGGCUCCGCUGCCCGUGCCCGCCCAGGUCCCGCUGCCGUUCGAGCGGAUGCGGCGGCUGCAAUGCGGUGCGCGCUGCGUGCUCAUGCGGUGGUCCUUUGCGGGCCUGCGGCCAGACGAGGCCGCCGCCGCCGGCCAGACAGCCGCCGGCAGCGCAGAGCCCGACGUCCCGGGGGGGCGCUACGACCUGCAGGCUCUGCCAGAGGGCGCUGGCGAGGACGGUUGGUUGCCCUGCAAGGACGUCUCCCGCGUCGCCGUCGACGGGGCGGCGGCCUGGCUGCUGAGGGUGGUCGACGAGUCCUCGUCUCGCAUCGUCCUCCGCGCCCCCCUCGACGGGGCCCUGGGCACCCACGAGUUCGUCUGUCGCUACCAGGUCAGAUACCAGGCCGCACACGUCGACGCCCCCUGGGUGGAGAUGCCGAUCCAGAACGACCACCUCGCAGACCCCGACCCCCUCGCGGACCGCGCGGGCGCGCUUGUGACCGGCCUCGAGGGCCGGCCGUCGGCGCAGGCUGCUGGCGACGGCGGCGCGGAGGAUCCGCCGCCCGCCGACGGCGGCGGCCUCGGGGCCAUCGAGCAGGACGUGAGUCUGCCGCCGGCCCACCCGACCAUCCCUCUUGCCACGGUGAGCCCGACCGGCCACGUCACGCGCCAGAGGUGCCUGGUGGCCUGCGUCCGCGAGGACGGGCUGAAGCUGGACACGCGCUACGCCUUCUCGGUCCGCGUGGGCGACCUCUUCCACAUGACCGAAUGGUCGGAGCCGUCGGAGGAAGAGAGGCUCGGCACUGCCCUCCCGAGGCUCAGCGUGCCGCCCCCGCACAUCAGCCCGCUGGUGCCCACGCAGGAGCAGGCCAUCGCCGUCUCCGACCUGACGGAGUCGUCCCUCCGGGCCAGCUGGCCCCAGUUCGUGCCCGCGGCCUUCGCCGGGGUCCCGGUGCACGCGGAGGUGGAGUGCCCCUCGGGGGCCUCGGACGCUCUCCCGUACAGGCUGACGGUGACUCCGCAGCCGAUGUCCAGCGACCGGCUUGCCCAGCGGAGCGCCGGCGCGCCGCCGGCGCCGGCGCCGCCGCCGCCCCGCUCCGAGCACCUGCUGUGCUCCGCCUUCCCGCGUGGCACGCCGCCGGACGAGAUCGUGCAGGGCCGCUGCCCCAGCGUGGUCGUCAGCGGCCUCUCCCCGCGGUGCCAGUACAGCCUGGCCCUGCAGGUGCGCUACGCCCGCUUGGGCUCGCGGGGCUGGGCCAGGGCCCUAUGCACGGUCGCGACCACCAAGAAGGCCGCGGCGCAGCACGCGGCCGAGGGCAGCCUCGCCUCGGUCGACGCGGUGCCCGCCCCAAGCCCGCGGCGGCCGCCGAACGCUGCCGCGCCCAGGAUGAUCACCGCCGCGGCCUCGAGCCAGGCGGGCGCCUGGCCCGCCGCCUCGGCGGGCGAGCACUCGCGGCCGGGCACGCCCUCCAGGGCAGACAGCCCCCGCGCGCUGCUGCCCCCGCUCGGCGCCCGGGGUGCGGCAGCUGCGUCGGAGAGCCCGCCGCCGGGCAGCGGAGACCGCCUGGCCAGCGCGGAGGGCACGUCGUGGGCCAGCGGCGCCGGCGCGCCGGAGUGGAGGUCCGCCGCGGACGCGGACCUGGAUCGCGUCAUCGGCGGCACCCGCAGGGGCCUGGGCGUCGCGGCGGGGACCCCUGCGGGCGAGGCCGACGCCGGCGAGCUCCCCUUGCCCUUGGACAGCGGGCCCUUCUGGACGAGGGACCCGUCCGCCCCAGCGGGGGUCGCGGGCCGCCCGGCGAUGCCGCGCAUGCCCGCGGCGGCGCACCCGCAGGCGAUGCGGCGCAGCUGCCGCCGCGACACGCUGAACAAAAGGCCGCGGCGCUCGCGGCCGCGCUGCGGCCCACCGGCGGGACGCCGCCACAUCGCCGAGGAGGAGGUCCAGAGGGCGCUGCACACCGCCGUGAGCGGCAGCAGAGAGCCCAGGACAGGCUCCUGCUCCGCCUGCGGGCGGCGGCCGAGCGCCUGGCCGCCCACCACUCUGCCCAGCCAGCGAUGGCACGAGACGGGAAGGGCAGAGGCAGCGGUGGACGAGGCGGCAAGGGCCACGCCCAGGAAGGAGCAGCGCCGCCAGCAGCGCCCCCUUGGCGCCAGGAGAGGUGGCAGGGCGCUGGAUGGCAAGAACAGCAGUGGCAUGCGGAGCCAGCAGGCGAGGACCCGCCCUGGCGCAGACCGCUAUCACGGCCGCGGCGCUCUGGCCAGGGCUCAAAAAGUCAUUGACUCUGUGGCAGCCUGCACGCUGGACGAGGCCACCUCCCACCCAAAGUGGCAGGCGCCCCCAGCCGACCGCGCAGGCAUCCAGAAGUUUCUGAGCAGCGCUGACCAGAGGCUGAGGAAGCUCGGCGACCUGGUCGUCGCCAAGCAGGCCGCGGGCGACAGCACGAAGGAGCAGUUGAUGGACAUCUCGGUCAUCAAAUACCAGAAGCUGGUCACGAGGAGGCCGAAUGACCAGCUGCAGGUGCUCAGCAAGAGGCGCAAGGCCGUCAAACUCGAAGUCAUCGCCCUCGAGGCCAAGACGAACGAGCUGCGGGACGACCUCAAGGCCAAGCAGCAGGAGUUGAGGCAGCUCGAGUCCAACAUCGCCGACGCGCGGGCCGUGCUCGCCGACGGCGGCGCGGCGGACGACGAGGGCGACUGGGACACGGACGGGUUUGGCUUGGCGCCGAGCUGGGGUGCCUUCCACAAGGCCGUGAUCGAUAGGCGCCUGAACAGCGAAGCACCUGGUGACGGAUUUCCAGCUUGGCCAGCGGGAGUGGUGGGGCGCUCGCCACGCUCAAGAGCCAGCUCGGCAGGCAGCGCAACCAGAGGCUUCGCCGAUCAGGUGGCUAAGGCGAAUGCGGAGCGGGCCCACCAGCAGCAGCGCCAUGCCGAAGCCGAGCAGGAGUUUGCUGCCGAGCUGGCGGAAGUCAGGAGGGUCGCCCGAGAGCAGGCACUCCGCCACAACGCCGAGCAGGCGAAGCUCAGGCUGGCACUCAAGGAGGAGUCAGAGCAGCUGCAGCGCAUCACCGCAGCGGAGAGCGCAGCCCAGCAGCAGCAGCAGAAGCAGCAACACAAGGCUCUCCGCCACGAGAUCAAGAAGCAACAAGCCGAGCAGCUCGAGUUCGCGACGCAGAUGGAGGCCAGGAUAAUCAGCCAUGACGCAGCCUUCAGUCAAGCCAAGGCAGAGGCCGAAGCGGCGACCCAGCGUGCAAAUCACCUGCAAGAGCAGCUUGAGCAUGCCCGAGCGGAGCACCGAGCGCAGCCGCAGCCCCAGGACAGGGUCUACCAAGACCUGCUGCGGGCAAGAGCCGAGGCACAAGAGGCAGUGCGACAGGCCCAGCACGAGAGCGCCCAAGCGACAGCUGCAGCGGGCACUCUCAAGCAGCAGCUCACCAGGCAGGAGCUGGUCAUGGAAGAGAAGCUCCAGGAGGCCAAAAAGAACCACGCCCUCGAGCUUGAAGCUGCCGCCGAAUCAGCCAGGGCCCAGGCAAUUGCCCAGGCCCAAGUGGUUGCCAAUGCCAAGGGAAAAGGGGCCCUCCCGCCGGCAGAAGCGGCCAGGCUGCAAGGGAUCGCCCAGACAGCAGCACGGCAGCAGGAUCGGCUCAAGCAGACCAAAAGCGAGCUCGAGGCAGCUGAAGCCCGCAUACACGAGCUCCAGCAGUACUCCAAGCUUGAGGCGGGCGCUGCGCAGCGUGCAGUACAGGUUGCACACCACGAAGCAGCGGAGCUGAGAAGCACCAACGAGGAGCGGCAGAUCCCGCACGAGGUGCAGGCAUUGCAGUUCGCCCUGCUAAGGACGAGGGCAGAGGAGGAGGAGAUUGCGAAGGCCAGCCUGAAGGACAGGGAGGCAAUGCGGGCAGAGCUCGAAGGCAGUGCUGAGCGAAUAAGGUCAAGUCUCACCCGCCAAGUCAUGAUAGAAGAAGCGAACGCACAUGACUUGCAGCUGCACACAGAGAGCCUGCGACAGGAACUGAGCAGCUACGCGGUGCAGCUGAGCGAGCAAAGGCCCAACGCAGAGGUGCAGGAGCAGGCGCUGGAGGAGGAGCCCGCCCAAGCCCCCACCUUCAGGAUCGCCAGCAUGGAGGAGGCCUCCGCCAUGGAAGACUUUGCCAGCCAGCAGAGGACGGGCAGGGAGGAGGCCAUUCACCUCGCGCUGCAAGAUAGCCUCCAGCGCUCCCGCACGCUACACACCGAGCUCGACGCCAUCGCAAAGAAGGAGCAGCAGGGCGCGUCGGAGACAGAUGAGUUAAAGCUGAGAAUGCAGAGCCUGGAAGCCAUUGCAGCCAGCAGGGAACGUGAACGCAAGGCCAUGGUCAGCCUGCACGCCGAGAUGAGGCAACACGGGCAGGAGGGCUACGACUUCACCAAGAGGGUGAUCUUCAUCCCAGCAUCGCCAGCGCCACUCAGCGAGAGGUCACUCACGCCCACAGUUCCAUUCGGGCAUGAUGAGCAGCGCGGCCAUGGAGGUGGAGAGGGAGCCGACAGCUUCGUAUUGACCCCUCCCCCUGCAUCCCAGCAGAACGCGGAGGCGGCAGCGGCCAGCAUCGAGAGGCAGUACGAGGGCAUCGACAUCCUAACGCGCCAGCACACCUCAGCCGCCGCCGCAGCUGCAGCCCUCGAAGAGGCGUUUGGACCCGCGCCCGCAUUUCCAGGAGAAGACAUCAGCCAGGCCCACAAGGGUCAGCGGGUAGACUCUGGAGAGUCAGGCCGCGUCAACGUCUGCGCCGACGUCGACACUACGACCCUGCACAACAUGGCAAGGAUGGCGCUGGAGAUUUGCCCAUCACGCGAACUGCCGACCAGGAGGACACACAUCUACACGGACGGCAGCUACAACGGCAUCCCACAUACAGCCGCCUGGGCAGUAGUUAUUGUCGACGAGUACGACGACGGGCGCAACUCACGAGGCCCGUUUGGUUUUCAGGGUUUCAUUGCUGGCAAGGUCACCGAGUCCCUAGACGACAUGGCAAACAACGAGAAGGUGACGGCAUACACAGCUGAGCUCACGGCAGUACUUUGGGCACUAAUGUGGGCCCUUGGUCAAGACACCGCCGCGCCCAUCGAGGUCACGCCCGAUGCCCUCAACGUUAUCAACCUGGCCAAAGGCGAAGCCCAAUGCCACGUACAUCCGAGGUUGGGGGCCGCCAUUCGCACGCUUGCUGGCCUCCUCCAACAAGCCCGACCUACCCAGUGGCACCACAUUAACUCGCACAUUGGGCACCCUUGGAACGAGCUCGCAGAUGGGAUAGCAGAUCUAGCUUCGGCCAGCGACCUGGUGGACCCGAACAUUGCAGCAGUGCAGGCGAUCGCUCACAACAAGUUCCUUCCCUGGGAAUGGUUACGCUCAGAGCCAGAUGCGGUCAAGUCCGCAUACCCUCCCUUGCGGAACCAAGACUUCAUCAUCGAGGCCACCCAGCCGCAGGCAGCCCCAGGUGCGAUCCAGAGGCCCAUCAGCACCACCACCAUCAAGGCCGACCUCAACGUGAAUUUGUGCACCUACAACUGCAGAUCACUCAAGGCCGCCGUCAGCUUCAAGUCGGGCAAAGGCAAGGCGGCCGGCAAAAGCAAGCAGAGCCUCUCCAAGGUCACGCACCUAGCAGCACAGUUUGCUGACAUGGGCCUGCACGUCGUGGCCCUCCAGGAGACGCAGAGCGAAGGAGACGUCCGCAACGUAGGAGAAUAUGUUUGCUACUCCUCAGGCCACACGCAGCAGAACAGAGGAUGCGACAUCUGGCUCAACGUCUCCCAGCCAAUCAGUGCGAGUGGGGCAGCGAAGUACCUAAGUGCCAAACACACCCUCGUCCUCCACCAGCACGACAGGCUCUUGAUCAUCAAGACCCGCGUUGCAGGCACAGACAUGGUCAUCGCCUCAGCAUAUGCACCCCACGAAGACUCCCACGCGGCUGAGAAGAGAGAAUUCUGGGAGUCUGCUCAGCGAUUGUCUGCCAAGUAUCGCGUGGACAUCUUUAUGGGGGACCUGAACGGGCGUAUUGGCGACUACGAGUCCCCAGGAGUUGGCACCAGUGGGUACCCAGAAGCGACCAACGGCAAUGGCAAGCACAUCAUCAGCUUCGCUGCCGACACCAACAUGGAGGUCAUCAACACCACGAGGGAUCCAGGCAACAACUCAUUUACGCAUGUCGGAUCGAAGGGGCAGCACCACAGGAUAGACUACAUCCUGCUGAGCUCCUCGAUCGCCCCGUACGUUGCGAGCUGCAGCACGGAGCCAGGUCUGGACCGAGGCACAGCUGCACAAGACCACAUACCAGUACUCGCCACCCUCAAGUGGGCCGUCUGCAAGACCACCAAGGCCUCAGGACCGAGGCCCGACCUGACCAACUUGAACAACGACGUCGCCAAGGCCAGCUUCAAGGAGAUUCUCAAGCAGGCCCCGAUCAUCCCCUGGGAGGUGGACGUCAACACCCACUGCGAGGAGGUCACCAGGGUCGUCAACGACGCGGCCAUCCAGGCCUUCGGCAAGGCCGUCAAGGCAGCGAGGAAGCCCUACGUCACCAAGACUACCAUGGGCCUAAUCCGAGCCAGGCGCCUCACACUCCGAGUCCACCGCGCACUGCUCAGAGGAGAAGCCCAUGACGACCGACCUGGACGACUAGUAGCCCACGCCCACUCUCUUCUUGGAAGCGAAGUCGGGGACUCACUGUCCCUGUGGAGCAGAGAGCGUGGCGACGACGAUGGCACCAUCCACGACAUCCACGACUACGCGCACCUCCUCCUGAACUGGACGAUCUCGCCCAUGGUCUACGCCAUGGCCAUCCUUUCCUUCCUCACCAGGUCCGGGCCCUUCGUUGCCUCGGCCGUCGAGAAGGACCGUAGUGCAUUCCUCAGUCGGCUUGCCUCAACUGCGUCCUCCGCCUCCGCUGCGAACGACGCUGCGGCCCAGUGGAAGGCCUACCGCGACCUACUAAGGUAUGGCGGGAGGAAGGCGAAGUUCCCAGCAGGAAAGCCGAUGCGGCUCGACAAGGAUGGAGAGGUGAUCCACAACUCCCAGGACAUGGCGGACCAGGAGCUCAACCAUUUCGCGAAGAUACAGGCGGGCAAGAUCGUGACAGCGGAUGAUCUUGCCAACAAGUACAAUCACGACAGCAAGACCAGGCCCUUCGACGGCAUGCUGGAUCUCUCGAUGGUGAUGCCCCUGGCCGUCUGCCAGGCCCAGUUCGCUGCGGCCAAGGCUGGGACGCAAGGAGGCCCUGACGGGCUCACGAACGCUGUCCUCAGGGCGGCCCCUACAGAGGCAGCAAGGCUACUGCACCCCCUCUUCACCAAGGUGGCGACCACCGUACGGGAGCCGCUGAGCUUCAAGGGUGGGGACCUGGUCGCAAUUCCCAAAGGAAAAGGCGACCCACGGUACCUCCAAGUCUACCGCGAGAUCCUCUUAAACAACGUCCUGGGCAAGCACCACCAUAAAUACCUAAGGGCCAUGCUCAACACUACCCUCGCCAUAGCGCUGGAGGACAUCCAGGUUGGCGGCCGGCCCAAGCGAGGGGCAGACAUGGCGGUCCUAGCAGCGCGCCUCUUCACAGAGGGAAGUCAGGCCCAAGGGAAGUGCUCCAUGAUUAGCUGCUACGACUUAAAGGAGCCCUUCUACUCGGUUGUAGUCCAGCUGGUCCAUGGCAUCCCAGGCGAGGAGGACGAGGUCAAGGAGGUGCUAGAAAACCUCGAAGUUCCCCUGUGGGCCCAGCCACAACUGGAGCACCUCAUGGCCAACCCAGGGAUACUCGACACAGUGUUGGACGGCUCCCACCUGGCUGCCCUCAUUGCAGAAGGUUACCGCAACAGGUGGACAUCACACAGGUUCUCCCAGAACCUCAUGGCGCCGCACAAGGGCACGAGGCCUGGCGUGCCCCUGGCCGACGCGGACUUCAAUCUGCUAUUCGGCCGAGUCCACCGCAUGAUUGACAGCUACCUUGCGCAGCGAGGGCUACGCAAGGAUAAGCUGCUGGACAGGGGCGGAUAUCCUGGGCGGCAGCGCGCGCAGCUCGGCCUCAUCGGCCGCGGCGCGGGCCAGCUGUCCCCGAGGCUCAAGUCCAAAAAGGCCAGGGACAUGAACCGCGCUGCAUCGCACAAGAAGACGGCAGCGCAGGGAACCAGCGAGGAGAAGGCGUCGCCCACCCCGCACACCGCGGAGACCGCGGCGGCUGGCGAGGAGCAGCCGCAGGUCCUCCUGUCCAUCCGGAGGCCUCCACGCCACGAGGGCCCAGGGGGCGGCUACCCAGCGCUCUUGUCCGCCGCCUACGCGCAGUUCAACCCGUCGAAGAUGGCGGACGUCCCAGCGCUCCUGGAGAAGAACAGAGGCAAAGAGUGCCCGCUGUUCCUCGCGAUAUGCGGCAAGUACGCCAAAAACAAGGACGACUGGCUCGACCUCCUCCGGUGCACCCUGCGCUUCGGAAACGCGGUGCCGUCCGUCGCGGCGUCCGCGGAGACGCAAUUGCAGAACAUCCGCCAGGGCAAGGAGCUGGAGCUGCUGGAGGCGAUCUGCAGGCGGCUGCCAGAGCUGGCGCCCGCGCCCACCGCGCCGCCGCCCGCUCCCGCGGCGGCGCCGGAGGCGCCGCCUGUUGCCGCUGCCGCCGCCGCCGUCGUCGCAGCCGCCGUAAUCGCCGCCGCGCGCAUCGCUCUGGACAAAGGGGGGAAGGCGAACCCCGACCCCCUCGCGGACCGCGCGGGCGCGCUCGUGACCCGGCCGGCCUCGAGGGCUGGCCGCCGGCGAAGGUCGCGCAGCCGGUCGAGCAGGCUUCCGGACGCCGUCAAGAAGACAAAGAAGACCACGAAGGAACACAAGGACCAGAAGGACAAGGGACCGCCGCAGUGUUGGGAAGGAGUGCGGCCCUCCCUGCUGGACCCAGCCUCCAAGAAGGACAAGAAAGGCAAGAAGGACCCGCCCUGGUGGACUGAGGUUGGAGGCCGUUCGGUUAUCAAGCGCAUCCUUGAUUUCAACGGGGUGCCGCUCGAGUGUCCAAAGGAUGUCAGUUUCGACGAGAGUGCGAAGAGUGAGUACGCGGUGACGGUCCCCAGCAACGUCGGCGAGAAUGACGACGGGGACGGGGAGGUCUUCAAGCGCAAGGGCGGGGAUGAGGAGAGUAAGCAGGAGGAUCUGAAGGAGCUCUUCUCCCCACUCUCCAAGGGAGGCACCAGCAAGGUGUUGGCGGCCGACACGGAGUGCAGCAUCAGCCUCGACAGCUUGGCCGUCGAGUCGGAGGAGUUCUUGGAGGAACACGCCUCGUUUGAGUACGCAGCGAAGGUCAGCAACUCCUUCAGCCAGCUGGAGGACAAGGACAUGAAGGACCGCAUCUAUGAGGACAGUAGCACGACUGAGGUCAGCGCUUCCCUCACCGAGCUGGGGGACCAAGACAUGCAGGCCUACAGUACAGUGGAGGUCUUCAUCGAGAUGGCCAAGGCUCUCCUCGAAGGUGGCUAG